AUGGAUAUUCAACACCAAUUUCCUACUGUGUACUGGGUUUGGGCAGGAGGCAUCUCAUUUGUCUACGAGGUCCAUCCUCUCAUCGUGGUCAAGGUCCCCAAGUCCGGCCCAGAAGAGAGAGAGUCAUUCCGUAAAGAACUCAAGAUCUAUGAGAUUCUAUCUCGGCAUCCGCCCUGCCCCUCUCUAGUGCAAUGUUUCUACCAUACAACAGACGGAAUCUUCCUUGAGUACAUGAGAGGUGUGACGCCCUAUUUUGAUCCCCUACUAUCUCUAGGGAUGAACGAUCUCGCUCAAGGCGUUACUUUCCUCGGAUCGCUCAACCUCGCCCACGGCGACCUUAACGAGACAGACCACGGAAUGCCUGGAUCUGCCGGCCUUCUAGGUCCUCGAACAGAGCAGUUCGCCCUCGGUUCGUUGUACUACUUGAUCCACUACGGCUUUGAGCUUUAUGACGACCAGUGUCUUGUGGAUGAUCCUUACGAGCAUGGACCUGAGGUCCUGGACUUAUUACAGAACAUGGUGUUCCCGAAGCUCGAUGGUGAUCCGCUUAUUGACAAUAUCAUCGACAAAUGCUGGCAUAACCAAUAUCUUACGCUUCCAGAUUUGGCUACUCACACAGAGACGUUGCUUAAGGAGCCACGAGGCGCAGCACUGAAUCAGGAAGAAGCCUCCACUCCGGGAUGGCGCACAACUAUAGACAGAACAAUGUGUCCGUCAUGGUCCAGCGUCGGGACUCGACGGCAGGAUAACGGGGAAGUAAACAAGUGUGACGACUAUGACAAGGUGAAUCAGAAGCACUCUGGUGAGCAUGGAAAUGUUCUUUCCAAAGAGGAAUUCUGCCGGGAUUUGGAGAAGCGUGGACUUCUUCGUCUGCUUACUUCGGAUAAACCCACGGAGCUUGGAUUCAAAAUGGAGCACAGGCAUGUGUUAUCGACUACUCCGGCGAUCUGA